GAGUUUUCGAAGAUAUCAAGGAACAACGGAGUCGUGGCCAAAUGUCAACCGAAUCUCCAGAAGGAUCAUCCACAAGCACAAAUCGAGUGAUAUUGCGGGAAAGAGCCCACGAAGGUUUCAUCGUGCGCGUCGACGAGGGGCAAGCCACUGUUAGAUUGGGCAAGGUCAUCCGUUCUUUCGACGCACGUCACUUGCGGGGCCCCGAUCCGAAACCCCAUGAUCUCAGGAUGGUUUUCAAGUCCGGGGAUCGGGUCGGCGUGAUGCUGAGCCACGAUCAAGUGAUAGAGGUCCGAAUGGCCUCCAAGAUCCGAAGUAAAUCGCUCGAUCGGCAUUUCCCCAAACAGCGACCUGAUACGCUAACGCCGCCAUCGUGGUUCCAACCAAACCCUCCGCUGACGAGUCGUCGUCAGAUGCCGACGCUUCUGCCGCCGAGCUCUCAGGACGGCAUGUUCAUGUCGAAACACUGCAAUUGUACCAGACCGGAUAUGGUCCCGAGCCCACAUAGUCCGUCAUUCUUGAGGAGAGACGUUUGGCCGCAGAUGCCUCGCCAUAUUACGGCCUCAAACGGACACGACAUCCCAUCGAUGAACGUAGCUUUCACCACCAAUCUCAGCUGUCCCUUCGCCAGAGGACAAUACUAGAAGGGAACUCUCAGACAAAGAUCAGGUUUCAGGCUCUCCGACUCCCGAGCGGCGCCACCGUUACCCUUGCCAGACAAUGGCAUUCCUAAAUACUGAGAUGAGUUUUUUUAAUCCGACGACUAGGGCUUCACUGAAAGUAAGUUCCAUAUCCGCGGAAAUGCUCUCGGUUCAGUCCUCGAGAGCAUGCAAGACCCCGAAGCAAACGAGUUGUUGUCCGAAGGAGCAGAUACGGGUUGACAAGCAAGGGCAAGAGCCAGAGAUUCUAUCUCGGUCCAUUUUAUUUAAGCUCGCCCUUCCUUGUGGAAUAAAAGCGACGAA